AUGGCGGCGGCUGUGGCGGGUUCCGGACCUGGCGCGAGUUCAGCGUCGCGCGGGCCUGGCGGAGGAAACGGCGGCGGCGGAGGAGGAGGAGGAGGCGGCGGCGGCCCUGGAACCCCUCGCUGGUUCUUCAGCAGGGAGCAGCUGGAGAACACGCCGUCUCGGCGCUGCGGCGUCGAGGCCGACAAGGAGCUCUCGUACCGGCAGCAGGCAGCCAACCUCAUCCAGGACAUGGGCCAGCGCCUCAACGUAUCUCAACUUACAAUUAAUACUGCAAUUGUUUACAUGCACAGGUUUUAUAUGCAUCAUUCCUUCACAAAAUUUAAUAGAAAUAUUAUAUCUCCUACUGCAUUAUUUUUGGCUGCAAAAGUGGAAGAACAGCCACGAAAACUCGAACAUGUUAUCAAAGUAGCACAUGCUUGCCUUCAUCAUCAAGAGCUGGACACAAAGAGUGAUGCAUACCUUCAGCAGGCCCAAGAGCUGGUUAUACUUGAAACAAUAAUGCUUCAAACUUUAGGUUUUGAGAUUACCAUUGAGCAUCCACACACAGAUGUUGUGAAAUGUACGCAGUUAGUGAGAGCAAGCAAGGAUUUGGCACAGACAUCCUAUUUCAUGGCUACCAACAGUCUGCACCUUACUACAUUUUGUCUUCAGUACAAACCAACUGUGAUAGCAUGUGUCUGUAUACAUUUGGCUUGCAAGUGGUCCAACUGGGAGAUUCCGGUAUCAACUGAUGGAAAGCAUUGGUGGGAAUAUGUAGAUCCUUCUGUUACUUUAGAAUUACUUGACGAACUGACACAUGAGUUUCUUCAGAUAUUGGAGAAAACUCCCAAUAGAUUAAAGAGGAUUCGGAAUUGGAGGGCUAAUCAGGCUGCAAGGAAACCUAAAGGAGAUGGCCAGGCAUCCGAUAACUCCCUUCUUGGUUCAUCUUUGGUUCAGAAUUCCAUUUUAGUAGAUGCUGUUGCUGGUGUAUCUGCAAACGCAACUUUCCAAAAACCAUCUACAUCCACAUUUCCUGCCCCAGUUCCUCUGAACUCAGGAAGUAUCUCUGUUCAAGAUAGUCAAGAAAAUCUGGCAAUACUGGCCACAGGAAUGCCAGGUACUUCUUACAGUCUGUCAGCACAUCAAGAAUGGCCUCAGCACCAAGAUCAAACAAGGACAGAACAGAUGUAUUCUCAGAAACCAGAUACUUCACUGCCUGGUGGACAGUUCAACAUAAACUUUCAACCAGGCACUUCAUUGCAGUUGCAUUCAGGAUUACAUCACAGAGCUGACAAACUCUCUGAGCAUUCUACUGUGCACAAACCGGGAAACAAAUACCAUGGGCAGGUGACAUCUGCACCUGUAAUAAUGCCUCAGAAAAUGUCAUUGGAUAAAUACAGAGAGAAACGCAAGCUAGAAACCCUCGAACUGGAUGUAAGAGAACACUAUAUGGGCCCCGAACAGCAAUACAAAAAGCACACUCAACCCCAAGCAACAGGUAGCAGUUCUGUAACUUCUCCUAUUAAAAUGAAAAUUCCCAUUACAAAUGCAGAGAAGCCUGAAAAACACAUGCCUGACAAAAAAGAAAAGGGUGGGUCACUCAAAUUGCGGAUACCCAUUCCACCCACAGAAAAGAACUCGAGCAAAGAAGAUCUGAAAAUGAAAAUCAAAGUGUCUUCCUCAGAAAGGCAUAGCUCAUCAGAUGAGGGCAGUGGGAAAAGCAAGCACUCUAGUCCCCAUGUUAACAAGGAAAAGCACAAGGAACAUUCCAUAAACCGCCAUCAUGGUAGCAGUCAUAAGCAUUCCCAUUCCCAUACUGGUGGCAGUAGUAGUGGCACUAAACAUAGUAGUGAUGGAUUAACGCCAGCUGUUCUGAGGAGUCCUGUUGGCUUGAGCAGUGAUGCCAAUUCCUCUAGUUCCGGCUCUUCAAGAAAGAGGCUGUACAUCAAUGAUGCUUCUCACAACCAUCACUCCAAAAUGAGCAAAAGUUCCAAAAGUUCAGGUGGGCUACGGACAUCUCAGCACCCUCGUGAAACUGGACAAGAACCCUGUGGAGAACGGUCCUGAUGCCAGUCACGAGUACAGUACAAACAGCCAGCAUAUGGACUACAAAGACACAUUCGACAUGCUGGAUUCACUGUUAAGUGCCCAAGGAAUGAAUAUGUAAUCAGUUGCUUUGGUCCCUUUCUCCUUUUUUAUUUAAGAAUAUUAGAAUGGAAACCUUCAUAAGUGCAACCCCAGCAGUUGCUACCCUACUUUAUAUAUAGAUAUAUAUAUAUAUAUAAUAUAUGUAAGUGCUGCUUUACCCUUCACUCUGAGAAGAGGUAUAGUAAAUGAGCCUAUCUCCACAUAUGAUAGUGUUAUAAAUACUGUAAAUGACUUGGAAGGUGCAAAAAUCACAGUAUUUUCCACAAACACAGAUGAGAACAGUAGGUUUGAAUGGCUGCUCUUUGCUGUAUGGAAUGCCUCGCACAUUGAUUAUUUAUAACUGAAUAUGCCAGCCACAGUUUUUGUUGCUUAGUUUAUGAAUGAGUGUAUUUUUUUUAAUGUGUAUUUAUACUGUAUGUAUGAUUUGCAUGUUUCAAAGAAGGGAUAUGUAAAGUAUACUGACAAAUGUUUACAACAAAAGUGGAGAGAAAUGUACAUACAUUUUUGUAUGUUUAGAUAAACCAUAAAUACUCAGGAUUGGAGCUGCUUGUAAGUAUGACAAAUAUACAUAACCUUUCCCCCCUAGUAUCAAAAUCAAUCAGAAAUAUAAAUAAAAGUGGCACUUCCUGUUAAACUGUAGGCCUUAUUGGGAGCCACUUCCUGAGAGCACCUCACUGAUGGGGGAUUAUGUACCAAGUGUGGCUGGAUGGUCAGCCACAACACAGUAUCUCCAGUGAGGCAAUGUGAAAACUGCUCAGGCCUCCAUUUGUAAUUUUGUUUUCAUUAGAAAAACAAACCCAAGUUGACUGCUGAAAUGUCAGUAGCUUUCAGAAGGGGAAGCAAAAAUAAAGUUUAUAUAAUCUUUUUGAUGUGAAAGUGCAUUUAAAUGUUUGGCUUGAUGCAGUAAUAGAGACACAGAGCUGUUAAUAAUGGUUAUAUAGAUUAACGUGAUUUAAGAACUGAAAUACGUAAACGUAUAGUGAAAUUAGUAAGUUUUUUAAAAAACUUAAGUUAUUAGUGAACAGGGAUCACUGUUUUCCAUUAGCAUUUCAUACAGAGAGCCACGUUUUGAAUUUUAAAAAGUGUGUUAUGUGAGUGAAAUGCCAUAUUUCUUUUACAGGUGGAAUUCUAUCUUUGCAAUAAAAAUAAUUAUUGGUAUCCCAACUUUUCCCUUAUCUCAGACAAUAAAAGAACUGUCACGUAUGCUACGUGAAUUGUACUUGUGAUUGUAAUAACAAAACUGGAGGUUUUGCAGCUCUGAAUAAUCACUCGCCAAUUAAACCACUAGUAUACAUUUUUAUGGCUGUGUCAUAUUACUGUUUUCAUUCACCUGCCUUUUUUAAACAAUUGAUGACCGUAGUGAAUGUUGAUGGGUUUUUGUUAAAAGCCGAUGUCCCAUUUUACCAGCUAACCCUAAGUGCAUGGAAUUUACCUCAGCAUAAAUUCAGUACAGUAGCAAGUGUUACUGGGUAUUUAAUGUAAAGAUUUUAUUAAGUUAUCCUUGUGUCUGAGAGAGAUUCACUAUUUGGAAACAUCUGUUCUUGCACAGUUUAUGCUCUAAUUGGUUAUAAACACUUCAGCAGCAAAUCUGAAGUUUAAAUCCUGUUAGCUACACUAAGCUAAGUGUUUUAGAUAAUUAUUGAGCAUGUAUCCAAUUUGUAGUUACAGUAUAAUGUAACUACUUCUGCAUCAAUUACUAUGUAAUAUUCAGUCGCCAGUAAUGCAAAACUUUGUACUACAUACUUGAAGACGUUUAUUUGAAUUAUGGGUGUCUUUUUUAAACACUUCUUGAACAUGGACACUAUGAAUAAUGUAUCUUCAGAUUUUAAUCUAGUCCUUAGCCCUUCACAGUCUGCCUCAUCCAAAACUGUUAACUUCUUCACCCUUGUAACUUUUUACAUUGAAAGAAUAUUUCUUAAAACCCUGUAUUGUGAAACUUGAUCCUGCAUUGUUGCAUAUUUUUUAGCCUUUUUAGACUUUAUUCGCUACCUCAUCCAUGCUAUUAAAUCCUGAAGAAUUUUUGCCAUACGGUGUAAGCAAGAUUAAAAUGUCUUAAAUUGUGAUUCCCAGUAGGAAGAAGACAAACAGUAAAUGUUUACUUUAAAUAAAAUUUAUUUACAAAGCCUCA